AAAUACUGAAAGUAAAAAUGAUGUAAAAGGAAAUAUUUUGUGCCUGAUGCCAAUGGCAUCGAAGAGUCAUCACAUCUGGAAUCGUUCCAUAAUGGUCACCCUGGCCAAAAAAGGCUACAACAUAACAGCAUUAAGCGUCGACAUCGACCCAGAACCAACCCCUAAUCUGCACUACCUCCACGCUGAAGGCGUUUACGAUGCCGUCCAGAAAAUCUUCAACGCCUCAGGCAACCCUGAAGAAUUCCCCGAAAUGAGCAUACCUGACGGAAUAAAAAUAUUCUACCAAUACAUAACAGUUUUAUCCGAUGCUGUGAUGAAGACUACAGGCUUUAAGAAACUUUUAGCGUACCCUGAUGACUUCAAAUUCGACUUGGUCAUCGUUGACUACACAGGCUUGCCUGACACCUUCGGCUUUGUCCAUAAAUUUAACAAUCCACCAAUAGUCGGCAUCUCGGCGUUCAUGACCCCACCGAAUACUUACGAACUGACAGGCAACCCUGUGGUCCCUAGCUUGUUACCAUUCUACAGCAGUUUCUUUCCUGGUGAUAUGAACUUUUGGCAGAGAUCGCUGAAUGUUUAUUACUACGCUCUGGAUUCGUAUUAUAGGCGGUUGGCAGUUGAAAAUGUAGACCAAAUGGCUAGGGUCUAUUUUGGAAACACUUUGCCUUACUUGGGUGAUUUGGAAAAGAGGCUGGAGUUGGCGCUGGUCAAUAGUCAUCCUGGAAUGGAUUUACCCGAACUGCUGUUGCCUAAUACGAUACAGGUCGGCGGGCUGCAGGUUAAAGAACCGAAACCAUUGCCAGAACACAUCAACAACUUCUUCAACUCCGCAAAAGAAGGCGUAGUCUACUUCAGUUUAGGAACCAACGUCAAAUACAACAUGAUGAGCGAAGAAAAACUUCAAAUGUUCGUCCGAGCUUUGGCAAAGUUUCCCGACCAUCAUUUUUUGUGGAAAACAGAAAGAACCGAUUUGAAAGUUUCCAAAAAUGUUAUGCUGACAACAUGGGCUUCUCAAAAUGACGUCUUGGGACAUCCAAAAACAAAGUUGUUUAUGUCUCAUGGUGGAUUGUUGAGUUCUCAAGAGACAACUUGGCAUGGUGUUCCGACGUUGAUUAUUCCUUUCUUUGCUGACCAGUUUACGAAUGCAAAAAAAGCUGUGGACGCAGGAGUCGCCGAACAAAUACUAAUUCCAACGGUGACGGAAGAAGAAAUCGUCGAAAAGUUGAGACGGAUGCUAACGAGUACGAGCUAUCGCGAAAAGAUGUCGCUGCGAUCGUCUCGUUUCCGAGAUCGCCCGAGGCAUCCGCUAGAAGAGGCGACGUGGUGGUGUGAAUACGUGCUAAGGCACAAAGGUGCCCCCCACCUGAGGUCUCGGGCUGCCGUUAUGGGGGCUCCCACACUCUUCAUGUGGGACCUCGUGCUCGUGUGGCUCGGAUUGUUCUUGGGAGGAGCCUUUUUAGUGGUUUUGGGACUCAAAAAGAUAUUUUAUCCAAAGGAAAAUGAGAGCGCAAAGUAUAAGAAGUUGCAUUGAGUGUAAUUUGUAGAUUUCGAAUAAAAAUUAUU